CACGCCACAUUCCCAUCAUUGUACAGCGAGAUUUCCCACUCUUCGCAACUCCUGCUUGUCAUUAGAUUUAUCAACUUUUCUACUAUUUUAGUUUAUUAACCGUCAAUUAGUUAAUUUCUCACUAGUUAAGUUUCAUAGUUAGUUAACGUGGCUGGCUAACUGUUGGGUGUCUUAUAGAUAAAAGUUAAGAGGAGAAGACCGCCCGUAAAAAAUUGGUAGCUCUGUGCCGUUGAACAAACCAACCGUAAUUAAUUGGCAAUUAUUGAACUAUAUUUUGUAUUUGUAAACAAACCCGAGUGUCACUAAUUGAAAUUGAUAUUCAUUUUUUAACCUCCUACCCUAUAAACAAUUGAACAACAACAUUUAACCUCCUACCCUAUAAACAAUUGAACAACAACAUUGAACUGGACCGGUUAAUUACGUUACACUAAAAGAAAUCAGCUACUUAAUCGAAACUGAGCGGUGAUAAUAACAAAAAAUACUUUAACAAUCAACUAUUUAAAUAGUUUGCUAUCAUCAUGGAUAAGUACGGACUCGGAGUUGGGGUAGAUUUUGCAGGGGGAAUGAAAAGGAGUGAGGAUGAGGGCAUGUUGGUGGAUAAUAUCGACAUUUCGGAAGAAGGAGAUGAAGAAGAGGAAGAAAUAGAGUUGGAACAUCCGUUAACUAAUAGCAUUGUUGCGAGUACGAUCUUGAGUUAUUUGUCAUUAGAAGACUUGAAGGUGUCGCGUCUAGUCUGCCGUUCUUGGGAUGAGGAGGCGAGAGUGCAUCAAUCGAGAAAUGUAAAGGUUGUCCUCUACUCGGAAGAGCGGCUCAAAAAUUACGUCUACGAGUUUAUCGGAGAUCGCGGAUUCUUCGACACGGUGCAACUGGGGCCGUACAUGUACAUGGGCAACUCUUCUGCCGACCGUUUCUUCCAACUGUACGGUCUCUACGUGAAACACCUCAUUCUGCAUAAAACGCAGUGUUCAGCCGUUCAUUUGAGGGAGAUCCUGUUCCGGUGGUGCCCCAAUCUGCAAGAGUUGACAAUGACGGGGAUGACGCCUGGGAAAUCGCGUCUCCUCGAAGACCUCCACGUCUACGACAAGCUCAAUUUGCACAAUCUAAAAGUGGUCAAUAUCAAUUUGAUGUUGACUCAAGGAGAGGAUCUGCUCCGAGACUUUCUCUUCGACCUCUUCUCCGUAUCACCGAACUUGGAAAAGAUAAUUAUUCCUAAAAAUAGCUACAAGGGGUUUCUCACCACUACAAUUUCCACCCUCCUCGAGUCCUCAGACCUCCCCAUGGACAAUUUGACCUCCAUCGAUGCCCUCUUCAGCUUUGGGGAUUCGCAAAUUGAACAAUUAACUGCGCGAGGAUUCCCCCUUGAAACGCUGAAUAUGCAGCUGAUGCCAAAUGUGACGUUAGAUAUCUUGCUGCCUCUUCUUGACACAUUGAAUAACACGUUGAAGAAUUUAAGAUUGUACUUUUACCUCACGAGGUUCAAGGAGCUACCAAAUCUUGUUCGACUGGAUAAGCUGGAACAUUUGACGUUGGACACGUACCAAGGCUCUCUAAAAUUUAUCUCCUCCCUCCCAGAGCUCAAGGUUCUCUCUGUAACGAUGAAGUGUUUGGACGAGUUGGUGGUCGGAUUUCCUAGGACGCAUCACGGUCCCGGAUUUUGGUCCUGUCCUUCCCUGAGAUCAUUUAGUGCAAGAUUGUCCGUCGUUGAGGGUUGUCCUUCUGGAAUUAUUGCGAGUUUUGAAAGUAUUUUCCCUGGACUGAGAGCACUCACGCUGCCUGGAAUUACUGACAUUGCGCUGAAACUGCUCUGUUCGACGUAUCCCAAAUUGGAAGAAUUGAAUGCGCCUCAAGGAAUCUAUACGGACAUGGGCAUUACUGGGAUUGCCGAAGGAAAAUUGCGAUUCCUCUCCAGAUCUGUUAACCUCAGUGAUUUGGAUGGUAUCCGAAGUAGUUGGGAAACACCAAAUUCUGGAAAUCUUGCCAGCCUCAGCAAACUUCAGAAACUACACCUCCAAUCACCAGAUUUGACCGAUGAUUCUAUUUUCUUUGCCAUUUUGCACAUGCAUGAUCUGAAGGAGCUCUCGAUAGAAAGAUCUGAUAUUACCGACAAGGGGAUUGAUGCAAUCACUAACCACAUGAAUUUGCAACGACUGAAUAUCGCCCUCUGCACCCGAGUCUCUGGUCCUCAGUUGGAGUUGGUGAAAGCCAAAUUGAAAAAUCGUCACCUCAUUCUCAACUUUGAUGGAAAACAGUACAGCAUGUACGACUAGUUACAUAAAUAUGUACUUUUUACUAGUAUAAGAGUGGUGUUGUCUUUGUAUGUAAGAUGUUUGUGGUACACACACACUUAUUUAACGAGUUUUACUUAAAACAUUUUUCACAUUGAUAAUUGUUUGAUACUAUUUGAGUACUUGAGCUGAAAAGGGUGUAUUGAAUUGAACAGAAUUUUGUAUAACUGUGCUGCUCACCUGCUCGUUUCGAUAGUAUAAUUGAAUUGGACUCCAAUUAAAUUAUAUUAUUAUUAGAGACUGGAACUUGUAAUCUUAUUAGACUUGCUAUUGUUAACUACGAUGCUGAACUGAAUGUUCUCUGGUCUGGUCGAUUUUGAAAAAGUCUGGCGUAAUUUAAUAAUUUAGAGAACUCAUCAGUUUCCUAAUUAAUUCGUUAACCAAUUUUUGAAGCCUGAUAGAUAAUAGUGAUACGAAUAAUUAGUUUAGUCCUGAGAAGUAUGCCAAAUCAUUUCUCCCAUUUCACUUACAAAACACGGACAAAUUACUUGAAAAAUUGUCAAAAAGUUAAUCCUAUCGUUCCACUUUUUGCAAGAGAGAGAAAGAGAGAGUGAUUUUAGCACUACAAUAAUAUAACAAGGAACGAAUGCAUUUCAUGAAGGGGAGAAGAAGAAAGAGAAACAAAUAUGACUGUUACAGUACCUAAAUUAAGGUGACUUUUCUCAAGUUAUCAUUUAUUUGUUAUGCCAUUUUUGAUAUGCACGAUAUUUACAUUUACAACACUACACUUUCUCCAUAUGGGAAAGUAUGUACAUAUUUAUAAGAGGGCAUGGUUUUCUACUUUUUGGAGUGCAGUUGCACUGCACACACCAUUUUUAUUUCCAUUCAAAGCAUUCACAGCAGAAUAUUUAAAAUAGUAUUUAGUAGUCUAGUUAUUUAUUGUAGCUAGAAUAAAUUAUUAUGCAUAGCAAUACGGCAGGUAGUGCUUUCACUUUCACGGCGUUUAACGUAGGACCCGAUGAGUCGUCACCAAAAUCGUAAAAAGCAACACAUUUUUAUCGUUUCUCGGCUCUGGGAAUUUAUUUUAAAAUUCUGGACGAUAGCCAGUAGAAUGACGCUGAAUUUUUUCUACGAGUUCAAAUUUUUCUGAAGAAUUACACAUUGGUAACUCCUUGUCUUGUAAAUUUGUCGUCCAAAAUUGUAAUCUAAAUUCCUAGAGCCGAGAAAUGAUUAAAAAUGUGCUGCUUUUGACGAUUUUGACAAUGAGCCAUCUAAUCCUACGUUAAUACCUCAAAGUGAAAGUCUCAGCCAGAGGAAAAUGUCGACCAGGACGAGGCUGUUGUAAUAAGUGUGUGCGUUGUCUAAAAAUGAAUUUGUACUUCACUGUGUAAAUUUAAAUUAUUGAUGAUAGCUUUAUUAGCACGUAAGGAAACGUAACGUUGUGUCGUCGUGAAGAGAAAGAGGCUUGCUUUACGGAACGGAAAAAUGAUAACUGUUACUAAUCGUAGAAGUAGUGAAAAUGAAACCAUUCGUUGUGUUCAAAAACUUUUUAGUUCAAAAAUACCAAAUGGUGACAUUGCCGAAGAAGCGGAAGAAAGCAUGUAGUAGGUAGCUGGAAGUUAGUUAAACAGUAGCUGAUUAGCCGUAGUAUUUAUUUAUUAUUGCACUCUACAUACUCUUCUGUAGUAUAAAUUGUCUCACAAUGGAACCUUUUUUCAAGCUAGACCCAAAUGGCUUAACGAGUUGUAGGAAAAAAUUAAGCCUAAAAUUAGAAAUCACGUCGUACUAAUGUAUCUUUCCGUUGAAAUGUCAAUUUGAGGUCAUAUGUUCAGGUGGAAAGUUCACGGUUCCGCACUGUUUUUAAAUAUCUCAAAACGAAAACAGGACGGAACCAUGAACUUUGACCGGAAAUAUAUUACCUCAAACUGACCAUUCAACGGAAACAUAAGUAUGAAAAUUUGUGGCUAGAUUUUUUUCCUACAACUCGUUAAGCUAUUCGGGUGUAGCAUGAAAAGAGGGCCCAUUGUCAGUGUAUGUAAACUAUACAUUAGGAUGUGACAAAAUUGUAAUUGAAAUGAAAGCAGCCAACUUGUUUGGCAUUCGGUUGUAUGAAAAGAAAUGAGACUUUUAAACUGGAAAAUUAACAAAAACAAGAACAUCAUUUUCAGUCUGAUUGAAUUAUAAUCCGAAAUGAAAUGAAAUAAAUGAGAAACUAUUAUUUUUACAGUCUGACUACAAUUACAA